GCCUGGAUCUGGUCCCGACGGGGGCUGACUUCAGGUCCCAUUUGGAUUCUGAGGCCUUUUUUAAAAGGGGUAGGUGGAGUUUCUGGUCUCUCCUGUCUCCAGACCUGAGCUCGGGCCGCUACGGUUGGGUGUUGCCCCCUUCUCCGGUCUCCCUGCUGGUAGCCCCGCCAGUCCAGUCCACCUCACCACAAACCAGGACGAAAGCUAAGACCCGGCUCCCCGAACCCCCGCCAUGGAUCAGCACAAGUACCGCACGGCCGGCGUCCAGGAGAAGCUGGAGAUCGUGGGUGUGGAGGACGAGGCCGGGAACCCCAUCAGCGCCCUGACCAUCCUGUCCCUGCUGGAGCGCGUCGCCGGCAUCAUCGACAACGUCCAGUCCUGCCAGCAGCGCAUGGAGGAGCGGCAGCUGGAGCUGGAGAGCAACAUCAAGAGCAUCCAGGGCGACGUGCUGAAGCUGGCCAAGGACCACACCGACACCAGCGGCACGGUGGACAAGCUGCUGCAGAAGACCCGCAAGGUCAGCGCCAACGUCAAGGAGGUCCGCGCCCGCGUGGAGAAGCAGAACGUCCGGGUCAAGAAGGUGGAGACGACGCAGGACGAGCUGCUCACGCGCAACAAGUUCCGGGUCGUCAUCUACCAGGGCGAGACAGAGGUCCCGUCCGUGGCGGUCACUAAAGGACCCAAGGCGCCGGGGCUGGAGGGGGUGGAGAUCGAGCCUGACUCCUACGACAUCCCCGCCGACCUCUCCUCGGAUGAGGAGUACCUGAGCGUGGAGGAGGCCGACCCGUCCCGCGCCGCCCGGAUCAAGAAGUCCGUCGCCAAGAGCACGGAGACCCUGAAGGCCGCCUUCUCCAAGGAGAGCAUGACCAAAACCAAAGACAACCUGGGCUCCAAGUUCCACAACCUGGGCGAGAAGGUCAUGCCGCCGGAGCGGAGGGAGAAGAUGCACCAGGCCGGCGAGCGGCUGAAGCAGUCCGGCGAGCGGCUGAAGGAGAAUAUCGCCAAGAAGGCGCCGAGCAAAGAGACCUUCCGCAUCAAGCUGAAGAAGGAGCGGGCGGUCGCCGAGGGCCAGGAAGGCGCCGAGGCCGAGGCCGAGGUCCCGGGGAAGGGGGAGGAGUCAUCCGGAGGGGCUGUCACCUACACCGAGGUCGCCAUGGAAACCAAGAGAGAGGGUCCGGUGGAGGAGGUCGGCGCCACCCGGAUACCUGAGUAGGAUCGAGGGACGUGUGAGAGCGUUUGGAAAAGAAGGACCACAGGAGAAAACCCAGCCCAGUGGAGAGGAACUGGUCAACAUCAGCGAUGGGACUUCUCAGCUAUUUGGUUAUAUAGAAAUGGAAGAGGUUGGCUCUGACGCCAACUCAGAAUAUCAUCUCACAUAAAAUCGUUUCAGGCAAUAAGUGUCAUCUUUGUUGUCUUUUUACAAAUUGCUUCAUGAAUAUAAGUUAAAAGGUCCGUUGAGUGUCGGUUGUCUUUGGUGAAUUUCAGGGUUCAGAGUCAAAGGGCACAUGAGGUCAGGGUGGAUUUGUACAUGAUGGCUAGAGAUGGAAAAAGGACCGAUAGAUACACUGAAAGAAACAAGUUGAAAAGGGUAAUGAAAGUGUUUGUUUUUUUUGUUUUUCUCAAAGUACAUGUAAUGUCAUCCAUACUACCAGGACUGGGCGGUGAACUUGGCCUCAGCUGGUUUCUGAGAAGCCGGUGACUAAACAGACAAACCGGAGCGAGACUGGUGUUUGUCUGCGAUCAUCGGAGCAGGACAGGAUUCUUCAUGGUGCUAGAAAGAAAUAAUAGUGUUUGAUAGACAUUAAAGCUGCGCCAAGCAAACUCUUUACCAUAAAACUAGUCCUGACCUGACGUGUUGUCCAGGUCCUCACUGAAGCUUUAAAAUGUUUACAGAGGAAUAAAGAUCGAACCUUACCGAUAUGACAGAUUAGUCUGUGAUGCUUCUGAUGACAAUAACUUGAGUUAAACAGUUUUUACUCACUAUCUGAUGUCUUUGAUUUCAUCCCCCAGUUAUUCUCUGAAGCAUCUGGAGGUUUUCCCAGUUCCUACAUGCUGGGCGGUCCGUUUGUGCCCAGCUGUACUGUGUCUAUGUGAAUUAUAAGACCAACAAAGCUGUUUGAUUGGCCUUGCAGCUCACAUCUGCUCAAAUGGUGAACUAACGAAAAUCAUGCAUGUACUUUAACUUAGCUUCUGGCUAGUCAAUAGUGAUGAUAGUGAUGCAGCUCUGACCGUGGUGGACCUAAAGCGGCCUGAGCUCUGAGUUUAGUGGCUCCAAAGCUUUUUGAGCACUGCUGCUUUUUGGCAUAUGAAUGUUUAAUUUUUUUUUGCUGCUUAGUUGUUCUAGUUGCAGCUUCUUCUUCGCGGUUCAGCGUCGACACUGAGCUUAUUGUCCUCAAGUGAUGACGGAGAACAUCUUCAUGAUGAAGCCUUGCCUCUGUGGCGCUGUUGUUGGACGCGGAGGCAGCGUCUUUUACUUCUUACGCUGAUGUUCCUGUGUUGAGGUUGUUGAGUGGAUUUAUUCUCUGAGGGUGUUUCAGUUGAUUUCAUGUCUUUUUCCACUCGUGAUUACAGCUCAGUUUCCACAUGUUUUGUUUUUACAGUCAUCAGCACAGAAACUUUACACUGAACCACAGUGGAUUGUUGUG